AUUAUCUUUAAAACACAUGUUAAUUUAAGCUAUUUAUCAAGCUUACAAAAAUUUGAUUGGAAUAUUUAAUUUUAACGGUAUAAUAUGAACUAUACACUACAACUCCACAGUAACAACCGAACCUAUCCUGUUCCUCGUGGUCUUCAUGAUCUUAUGGCCGACAUAGCUCGAGAGGUUCUGAGACACAAACCAAUGCAAAUAGAACAUUUCAUAUUUAAAUACCUUGACUCCUUGAUGAGGAUAAAAAGAUUUGCUAAAGGCGUAGCACCAGAAGUAGACAAGACUAUAAGUGCUGGAGCAAAAAAAACCAAAUUGCUCCUUGAUUUGGGAUUAACACCAGAUCAGGCAGAUGUUGCAGCAUCCAAGUUGCAGGCUCUAGUGAGAGGACAUAUGGCAAGGAAACAAUUUAAAGAUAUUGUUGACAAAAAAGAUUCUUUUAAAACCAGUCUUCAUGAUGUAUCUUAUAUGACAUCCAAAAUACUGAAAAAAUAUAAUCUAACACCAGCCCAAGCAAAUGCCAUUUGUACUAAGAUUCAGGCAGCUUUUAGAGGUUGGAUGGUGAGAAAGGCAACAAUAUGCAAUGUUCCUUCACAUGAAUCUUGGAGACAUGAUUGGCUUUGGAAAGAAUUCCAAAUGUCACCAUCUGAAGUCAAGGCAGUUACUCGUGCAGAAAAGAAGUCUCAUUCUAAGGGAGAAGAGUUAUUGUUUCAACCUAGAAGGUCAAUUGAUAUUGAUCACAUCAAGUUUAUGACAGCAUUUAAAGGAGAACUGGCUGAUUAUGAUGACAGGUCAGAUACAUCUAGUAUUGCGGAUACUACCCCAUCAGAAGAAGAAACAGAAGGAAAACAAAUAGAAGAAGAAAAAUCCGCUGAAAAACAUAAGAAAUUUGAAGUACAUUAUCCUGAAAAAGAAGAAAUAGUGGAGGAAGAGCAUGAAGAAGUGAUGGAGGAAUCUCAAAAGAAUUCAACAAAGCCUCCAACAGAAGUUAGUGAUGAACCACAAAGUAAACUUGAUCUAACUGAAAAAUUAGAGGAAGAAAAAUUAUUAGAAGCAGAUGAAGUGGAACAUGAAGAAAGGGAAUUAGUCGGUGAAACAGAACACAGUGAAGAAAACGCACAUGAAGAACAUCAUGAAUAUAUUGUUGAUGAAAAUGAGCCAUUCGUUGAGGAGCAGGAACAUGAAGUGCUUAUAACAAGAAAUAUUGAUAACUUAAGUCCUGAGGAAUCUGAAUUUUAUUUUGAAAAUAAAUUUGGAGAGGUUGAGGAAUUGGCCCAAGAAGAGUUUAUUAGAGAAGAAUGAAAAUAUUAAUAAAAUGAGUAAAACAACAUUGAUAAUUUAUUUGUAAUAAUUGAAAAAACCAAAAACAAAAAUCAAAACCUCAAUGUUCCAUGUCCGAUAAAUCUUUACAAGAAUUCAUCAAACAUUGUAAAAUGAAGCUUACUCAAAAUUUGUAAUUAAUAGAUUCUAUUGUAAAAUAGAGUAUUUGUCUAGAAUCGAGCCCAGAUUGACUGCUAAUUGCCAAUGUUAUAACCUGAACACUGAUAAUUCUGAUAAGAUAAGG